CAUAAAGAGGAAAGAGACGAGCGAGCGCAGGGCUUUCAUGUUCUGGAUGUCCUCAGAGAAAGAAAGAAAGAAAGAAAGAAAGAAAGAAAGAAAGAAAGAAAGAAAGAAAGAAAGAAAGAAAGAAAGAAAGAAAGAAAGAAAGAAAAAAAAAGAAAGAAAGAAAAGAGGAAGAGGCGCAUCGCGAUCGGCGGACGCAGCCGGGAGCGACGGUGAUGGAUGCGCCGCUGUGAGGGAGGCAGCUCGCUCCGUUCCGCUCUCGGAUCCCCGUUCGAGCCCCAGACAUGGACGCGAGCCGCGCCGCGCUGCUGCACAUCCUGUUGACGCUGCAACAAGGAGAGAACAUGUGCCGCCCCCCAUGGAGAAGCUGGUGGAGAGUCAUUGGAGUUGUCGUCCACUUUUCUUCCUUUUGAUCGGAGGUUACACUUACAGGAACCAGCGCAAGUUCACCGAGGACAUCGACUGGUCGUACGCGGGAACGUUAAACCAGAACAACUGGGCCAAGAAGUUUCCGUCGUGCAGCAAUGCCAAGCAGUCGCCCAUCGACGUGGAGGAGAACCUGGCCCAGGUCAAGCUGCAGUACCAGAACUUGCGGUUGGACGGCUGGGAGAACUUGACGGGCCGGCGCACCGCCAUCAAGAAUGACGGCAAGACUGUGGCCCUGGACGUGGACGGCGACUUCUACGUCAGUGGCGGCGGCCUGGGUUCUAAGUUCAAGGCGGGGCGCAUCACCUUCCACUGGGGGCGCUGCAACGCCUCUUCCGAGGGCUCCGAGCACAGCCUGGAUGGCGUCAAAUACCCUCUGGAGAUGCAGAUUUACUGUUACCAGCCGCAGCGAUUCGAAUCUUUCGACCAAACCGUCAAGGCAGGAGGACCAAUCACAGCCCUGGCCGUUCUCUUUGAGGCGAGCUCCGAGGACGACAACGCCAACUUUGCCCCCAUCGUCGACGCCAUCAACGGCGUCAGCAGAUACGGUAAGCGCGGCCAGGUGGCGCCCUUCUCUCCGCGGGCGCUCCUGCCCAACUCCACCGACAAGUACUUCAUCUACAACGGCUCGCUGACCACGCCGCCUUGCAGCGAGACCGUGGAGUGGAUCGUCUUCAAGAACACCGUCUGCAUCUCGGCCGACCAGUUGGAGGUGUUCUGUGAGGUGAUGACCAUGGAGCAGGCGGGUUACGUGAUGCUGAUGGACUACCUGCAGAACAACUACAGAGAGCAGCAGCGGAAAUUCAUGGGUCAGGUCUUCUCCUCCUACACCGGCACCGAGGAGCUCCUCACGCCAGUGUGCAGCUCAGAGCCGGAGAACUUGGAGGCGACGUCCUACAACCGGAGCAGCCUGCUGGUGACGUGGGAGCGACCGCGGGCCGUCUACGACUCCUCCAUCGAGAAGUACUCGGUCAGCUACAAGAUGGCCGACGCGGAGGACGCCGCCCCAUCUGAGUACCUGACCGACGGAGACCAGGAUGUGGGUGCCAUCCUCGAUGACCUGGUGGCCAACUCCAGCUACGCGGUCCAAGUGGUGGCGGUGUGCGCCAACGGCCUCUACGGACGCGUGAGCGACCCCAUGACGUUCGCCGUGCCCCCCGACGGCCCCGAAAAUAGCCUGAUCCCAGAUUCAAAUGAAUUUGACUACGAGGCGAACUACCCACCGGAGACAUUCUCGAAUGAAUCUGUGCAAACGGAAGAUGACGAUCAGGCGCGGAUCCCGACAAAAUCGCUUGCAACCUCGACUUCGGGACCACCUCGCCGCCGGCCACAAAAUGGCAUCGGAGCCACCAAGACACAGUCAACUACCGUCGCAGAGGUCACCACCAGGUUCCCAUCUACGACUCCUUUGUACGCAAACACAAGCGAUCACUCCGGCGGGGUCGGUCCAAAGUCCUCAGAAAGCAUUCAAGUGGACCUGACUGCGACAACGCCGACAGGAAGCAAUGUUUGGAUGAAGGGGGGUAAAGGUGUACCCAGUGGUGGCACCACAACAACCUCAACCACGAACAAGACCAUGACCAGACCAAUGACCGUGACCGUGAACCAGACCAUGACUACAAGCAAGGCCAUGAACAGGACCACGACAAUGGCUACAAACACGAUCGCAAACAUGACCGUGACGCGGCCAUUGACCGACACCACAACCAUGAAUAUGACAACUGCAAUGACUCCAAACACAACUGCAAACAAAACAACUGCAAUGACAAAGACAGUGGAAACGACUACAUACACGACCCCAGAAAAGACCGGAACCCCGACCUGUGACCAGGCAACGAACAAGAUCACAACUAUGAAUACGACAACUGCAAUGACUGCAGACCCAACUGCAAACAAGAACAUCACCACAAACGUCCCAAUGACCCCACCCAUGCACAAAACAACAUCCGUGACCAGGACAACGAUCAAGACCAGAACCAUGAACGUGACAACGGCAGUGGCUACAAACACAACAGCAAACAAGAACACGACCAUGACCUCGCCAAUAAACAAAACCACAAGCAGGCCACUGAACACGACCACGAUCAUGAUCGGGCCAGCUACCACAACCCUAAACAAGACUGCAACCGCGACCAGAACUAAGAACAUGACCACGAACCUGACCCAUCUUAGAGACCACAUCAUCACGCCAUCGUCCGUCCUCAUCGACCCGUACGCAGGUCUUACCACACCACAAACUGACGACGCAAGCGGAGUCCAUGAUGACGAUGUGGUACGGGUCCAGGGUGAGCCCCCUCCUGAAUCUCCUCCACGAGGGCCUAUAACUCCCAGCAUGCCUCAUUUCUCAGCCACAAAGACUUCGCUGUGGCAGAACGGCGUUCUUUUGCAGACCACGCCACCGCUCUCAAAGGGUGAGCGCCUCUCUGUCGUCCCCCCUUCUUCCUUUCCCUCUUCCCUGCAGUAUGACGUCACGGACCUCCCCCCCGUCCCCGGCCCCGUCCCCUCCGCCCGCUUGCAUGAGCUUCCCCUUUCCUCCACCCUGGACACCGCCGUGCUGCCUCGCCAAAUCCCUGCUUCUCCCACCUCUCGCCCCCCCCUCUCUUUCGCAAACGACUUGCCGUCUUCCUCUUCGGGUGACGCCGCCGAGGUGCCGGAAUGGGGGGCGUCCCUCCCUGAAGUCUCGCUGGCCCUCAGCCCCACCCUGGUUUCCGACCCGCAUGCCGGCACCAUCCCGCUCCCUCGCCCCGCCCUCUCUUUUGCCGAUGACUUGGCAUCUUUCGCUUCGGGUGAGCCCGCCGAGGUGUUGGAAUGGGGGGCGUCGCCGUCGGAGGUGUCGCUGCCCCUCAGCCCCACCUUGCGGCUGUCGGUUGUCCUUUCUAGUGACUUCCCGCAGUCCGCCGCCACUCCGGGUCCGACGCCGUCGUUUCCUAACGAAGUCGAGCUUUUGGGUUAUGGGACAGGAAGUACACCCGAUUCGUUCCUUUCGGAGGACAGUGCUGACGGCUUCCUGGACGGCAUAUGCGGUUGCUCCCUGGAGCCGUCGGCGUCCAGGCCCCACGUCUCGCCCGGCGUCCCGCUCGGGGCCGCGGCCUCCAUCUCAGGCGCCGGUGUCGAUCUCCUCGUGAGCUCUUUGGGUGUCCUCGUUAGUUCUUUUUCUGGGGCGGCCUCUGGUGGCCUGGUGAUUAUGCACUCGCCCUCUUCACCAGCGCCCCGCUUCCAGUCGGCCACUUACAGUGCGCCGCCCCUUUCUGUUGCAGCCGCCACAUCUGAGCCCGCGUCGGCGCCAUCGCUGCCUUCCGUCCCCGUGACGCCCUCCUCCGCAGACCACAGUAAUGGCGUUUCGGGUUCCGAUGUAGAUCAGGAGCGGGACGGCGUCCGGGUGUCGGCCUCCGGCGAGAACACACUUCCUCAUUCCACGGAGCCCCCUUCCACCACUUUGGAAUCUGGACAGACGCCCGAGGAUUCGGGCGACCGCUCCUCGGCGUUUUAUUUUGACAGCGAGAGCGGGAGCGCGGCCGGAUCUGGGCGAGCGGGAACCGCCCCGCCAAGGGGAUCCGCGGUCCCCUCGCCCACGCCCCCCGAGGAGAGCGGUUCGGGUCAGGCCGAGAACCUUUACGACAACGACACCUCCUCAGACUUCAGCAUUCCCGAGCGAACGCAGCGGGAAUCGGAGAAAGUGGCGUAUCCAGUGGCAGACGUGAGCGACAGCAGCCACGAGUCCCGCGUGGGAACCCUAAGGGUCGGCCAGAGGAAGGCGGCGGUCCCGCUGGCCGUCAUCUCCGCGCUCACCGCCCUCGGACUCGCGCUCCUCAUCGGCAUCCUUCUCUACUGGAGGAUGUGUUUCCAGACGGCGCAUUUCUACGUGGACGAAGGCGCCUCGCCCCGCGUCGCCCCCACGCCCGCUUUCACGUCCGACGAAAAGGCCGCACUUCCUGUCAAAGACUUCGUCAAACAUGUCGCCGAGCUUCACCGAACGUGCGGAUUUCAGCGCAAGUUUGAGGAGGUCCAGGCGAGCACGGCGGACGUGGCGAUGACCUCGGAGACGUCCGAGCAUCCCGACAACAAGAGCAAGAACCGAUACAGCAACAUCCUCGCUUUCGACCGCAGCCGAGUGCGACUCUCAGCGGCCGACAAGGACGGCGGCGGACGCGCCGGAGAUUACAUCAACGCCAACUUUGUGGACGGCUUCAAGAUGCAUCACGCGUACAUCGCGGCUCAGGGUCCGCUCAAGUCCAGCACGGACGACUUCUGGCGGAUGAUCUGGGAGCAAAACGUGGGCAUCGUCGUGAUGAUCACCAACCUGCUGGAGCAAGGACGCAGGAAGUGCGACCAGUACUGGCCCGCUGACGUGCGUGAGGACUACGGUGGCUUGGUGGUGGCGCUCAAGAGCGUUCAAAAGCUGGCUCACUACACUCAGCGGACCUUCACCGUCACCAAAACGCACGUCAAGAAGGGUUCUCAGAGGGGGCGCAGCCCGGAGCGAGAGGUCACGCAGUACCACUACACCCAGUGGCCCGACAUGGGCGUACCCGAAGACGCCCUGCCGCUCGUCAGCUUCAUACGCAAGUCUUCAAGGGCCAGGACGGCAAACACGGGCCCGGUGGUGGUGCACUGCAGCGCGGGCGUGGGUCGCACGGGCACGUACUUGGUGUUGGACAGCAUGUUGAGGCAAAUGAGGCAGGAGGACGCCGUGGACGUGGACGGAUUCCUGCGACACGUUCGCACGCAGAGGAACUACCUGGUCCAGACGCAGGAGCAGUACGUGUUCAUCCACGACGCCUUGGCGGAGGCCGUUCUGUGCGGCGACACGGAAGUGGCGGCGCCGCGGCUUCACGCGUACGUGGAGCGGCUGCUGACCCCGCGGCACGAUGGGAACACGCCGCUGGACCGCCAGCUCAAGCUGCUGAGCGCGGACGCGGCGAACGCCGACGACUACGCGAGCGCGCUUCACGACGACAACCGCCACAAGAACCGAAGCGGGUCGCUGCUGCCGGUGGAAAGAUCGCGUGUGCGUUUGUCGCCGUGCGCAGGUGACGCGUCCGAUUACAUAAACGCGUCCUACGUGACGGGCUACAGGCAAAGCAAGGAGUUCAUCAUUACCCAGAAUCCUUUGCCAGGCACCGUCAAGGACUUCUGGAGGAUGAUUUGGGAUCAGAACGCGCGCGUCAUCGUGUCGCUGUCGGGACCGGCGCUCGCUCAGGACGAGGAUGAGGACGAGGAGGCGGGGCCCUGCGUCUUCUGGCCCGGCAAAGGACAGCCAAUCGGCUGGGAGACGUUGACUGUCACUCAAACGUGCGAGAACCUCAUCUGCUUGGCCGACGAGGACCCGCUGCUCGUUCACCGCUUGGACGUGCGCGCCGCGCAGGACGACUUUGUUCUGGACGUUCGCCUGUACCGCGCCCCCCGCUGGCCCAACCCCGACAGCGGCACGAGCGACGCCUUCCUGCUGCUCGAGCUGCUGCGGCGGGAGGAGGAGGGGGGGGAGACCUCCGCCGAGGAAGGGCCCGUCGUGGUCCUGGACCGCGCGGGCGGAGUCACGGCCGGGACCUUCUGCGCUCUCUCGUCUCUGAUCGGUCAACUCCACGGCCAACGGCGCGUCGACGUCUUCCGAGCGGCCAAGAUGACGAACCUUUCGAGGCCCGGAACCUUCCGCACACGCGACCAGUUGGCGUUCCUGUACGAGGCCUUGCUGGGCGUGCUGGACAAGCAGCAGCGGCAAGAAGAAGAAGACGAAGAAGAAGACGGAGAAGAAGAGCACCCGAGGAGCGCCGCCGACAGUUUGCAAUCUCUCGUGUGAUCGAUCGUCCAAGAAGAAAACUUGGAGCGACUUCACGUUUGCCUUUUUGGUCACCAAGAGAUCUUUUUCACUUCACCGUGGUCUUGCCUUUUUGUUUUUGUAAAUUUUUUUUUUAACUCUUUUUGGUCACUUUUUAAUGCCACCACAAGGGCGACUAACACUUUGCGUAUUUAUUGGCAGCAACAAUAAAAAAAAUAAUUAAAAAAAAGGCAACAUGGCAGUCGUAGCAACGUUCCUUCUAAUGUAAAUAAUAUCUCACCUCAAUGGACCAAAUUGUAUUUAUACUUUAGUACAUUUUUAUAUUUAGUGCAUUAAUCAAAGGUUUUUAUUCCUAAUUUCCACUUUAGCCAAUACAAGCGCUCCGAUUUGGGACAAAUGUGCUCCUGGCACAUUUCUAGUUGUUUGUGAUCUGCUGCUGAAAAUUUGUUUGCCAUUAAAGGACAAGUUCGAUUUUU